AUCACGGCCUCUCUCCCUCUGCCCUGUCAGGUGACAGAGGCAUGGUAACACCAGUGCAGUCUGCCACUGUCGCACAGACAGAAGCCUGUCCUGUCAGAUAAAAGCCUUGUGCCCGUGCGGCUGCUAAGAGGCGCGUUUUGCUUUGGGGGGAAAUGUCUCAGCAGACGGCAGAGUUAACUCAGACGCCUCUCCAGAAGAUCUGGGUGCCUUGGAUGUGCACCAAGCUUCAGAGGAGGAGAGGCUCCUCAGUCCCCCAGUUCACCAACUCCCCUACCUUGAUUGUCAUGGUCGGACUUCCGGCCAGAGGCAAGACCUACAUCUCCAAGAAACUGACCCGUUAUCUCAACUGGAUCGGCGUGCCUACCAAAGUGUUUAACGUUGGACAGUACCGCAGGGAAGCUGUACAAACAUAUAAAACCUUUGAGUUCUUCAGACCCGACAAUGAAGAAGCUAUGAAGAUUCGCAAGGCUUGUGCCAUUGCUGCACUGAAAGACGUCUGCACCUACUUCACUCAGGACCAAGGACAGGUUGCGGUUUUUGAUGCCACCAAUACAACCAGAGAGAGAAGGGAGAUGAUCCUUAACUUUGCAAAAGAAAAUGGUUACAAAGUCUUUUUUGUCGAGUCGAUCUGUGAUGAUCCAGAGAUCAUAGCAGAAAAUAUAAUGCAAGUUAAACUCAGUAGUCCAGACUAUAAGGACUGUGACAAGGAGGAGGCAGUUGAAGACUUCCUGAAGAGAAUCGAGUGCUACAAGAUUACUUAUGUCGCCCUAGAUGAUGAGUUUGACAGGAACCUCUCAUACAUCAAGAUUUUCAACGUGGGCAGUAGGUACCUGGUGAACCAUGUGAUGGAUCACAUUCAGAGCCGGAUCGUGUACUACCUGAUGAACAUCCAUGUCACACCUCGUUCCAUCUACCUGUGCCGGCAUGGAGAAAGCGAGCUCAACCUGCUGGGCAGGAUCGGGGGGGAUUCGGGGCUGUCCAAGCGAGGCAACAAGUUUGCCUCCACCUUGGCAGGCUUCAUUAAGAGCCAGUCUAUCAGAGACCUGAAGGUCUGGACAAGUCACAUGAAGAGGACUAUUCAGACGGCAGAGGCACUGGGAGUGCCUUACGAGCAAUGGAAGGCCCUCAACGAAAUAGAUGCUGGAGUAUGUGAGGAGAUGACUUAUGAAGAGAUUCAAGAGCACUACCCUGAGGAAUUUGCUCUCAGAGACCAAGACAAGUACCGCUAUCGCUAUCCCAAAGGAGAAACUUGUGCUAACGCCUGGAAGUCAUACGAAGACCUGGUACAGCGCCUGGAGCCGGUCAUCAUGGAGCUGGAAAGGCAGGAGAAUGUGCUGGUCAUCUGCCAUCAGGCCGUCAUGAGGUGUUUGCUGGCCUACUUCUUGGACAAGAGCGCAGAAGAGCUGCCAUACCUCAGAUGCCCUCUUCACACUGUACUGAAACUCACCCCUGUAGCCUAUGGCUGCAAAGUGGAAUCUAUCUUCCUAAAUAUUGAAGCAGUGAAUACACACAGAGAUAAACCUGUGAAGCAGGUCCCCUGCCCCAGUGAUGCGCCCCUGUACCGACACCGCCGCACAGCCCCACUUGCCAGCCCGAUGCCAACCAAAAGCCCCCGACUGCAGGAUCUGGGCGAGGCUGCCAUCAGCCUGCAGAAUGUAGACAUUACCAGAGAAUCAGAAGAGGCUUUGGUAACUGUCCCAGAUCAUAUAUAAAAAAUGGACUGUGAAUUUGGAAUGAAGACUGAUGAAGAAUCUGGACUUUAACAACUUAUUUUUAGUUCACAUACUUUUACCUCUGUUAUCAUUUUACUCUUUUUAUUUUUUAAACUAGUUUUUAAUUUUGUAAGUGGUGCUGGAAUAUCAAUGAUCUGGUACAGCCCGAAGUGUCGCUGGGUCUGGAUAUUUCUUUGAUUUUACAAACAUUUUUUAUACAUAUUUUAUACAACCUCUUUAAAAGGGUUUUACACAUCGAUUUCUUCCCUGCACAUUGUUUGUCCCACCUUAUUAAUUCAAAAUUUUAGAGGCCCAUCAGAGAGAUUUUCACCCACAAAGAAAUCCACUAAGCCUUUUGUUAAGUCUUAACUGCAGUCGGUCAGUAUAAUAUAUUCUGUAUAGUUUAUGGGAUAGAAUGUUUCUGUUUCUGCCACUGAAAUUAAAGAACUGACUUUAAAAAGAAAUACUGGGCUCCUAUUAUAAAUAAGGAACAAUAUAACACAUCAUUUUAUAUAGCAGUAGGGAUGUACAGUUCAUGCUUAAUAGUUAUUCUAGACUUCAUGUUAGCCUCUUUGUACCACUGUCAUAAAACAGUAAAGACCAUCAGCUAAAUCCAUAGCCCACUGGAGCAACAUUGAUGACUUUUCCAAAAUAGCCAACACCCCGCGACACUGACAGGCUGUUGCAUCUUUACCGAUGUGCCUCUAACACCCUGGCCAGGAUAGUCCACUGUCUGGGCAUGAGGGCAAUCCUGUCUCAUAGCCCCUGCAAUUACAACAGUGUCACGCAUGUCGGUCAGCACCCAAUAAAGUUAGUGAACAAGAGGUACGUCUGGGAUUGCAAAAAGGGAAGAUAUAGUGAGAUGCAUUUAAAAUACUGUUGAGUAUUGGAACCAAUGCCUUUUUAAUGCUUCUCUGUAUAUUACGGUAAUGUACUUUUGUAACUGUUGGAAUCUUAAUCUGUUUAAGUUAAAAAAAGGCUUGCUGUAGCCAGGCACUCUUGAGUCAUUCUGAGCCAGGGAUCCAUUACAAAUGAAACUCAGGUAAUAGUCCACAAAGCUUGUAGCAAAAGUGAAGUGGCUUGAACUGUGACCUUCCACCACUAAAAAAACAUUUGUCCUGCUAAGUGCAGAUGUACAUGUCCCCAGACAGGUUUUGGGACCUGCUGUUAAAAAUACUACUGAAGACUGUUAUUUUCAUGUCUGUGUACAAUCAAUAUAGCAGAAAAUAAUAUUGGGAAUGUGUAAGUGCAGCCACUUAGUAAAAAGCUGUGUAAUGCCUAUGAUGUAUAAUCCAGUACGCUGUUUCCCAGUCCUUAUCUUACACUACUUUUGUCACUUCUGGUUUUUAUUCCAUCUGAGUUAUUAUUCCAGUAAAGUUCCUGAUGACCAGAUGAUCAGUUUCCCAUUUGUGGUAAUUUCAGGAAAAUACCUGUUGGCUUUCUAGACAACUCUGAUCAAUUAAUGAGAUGCACACACAAGUGUGAAUGACAUUGUCAUUACUAGAAUUCUCAGUUCUGCAUUUGGUUUAUUUCCACAAGUUCAUUGAAUUAGUAAACCUAACUGAAGGGAGAACUACAUCCAAGCAUUUGGCACACUUUAAAUGCUGAUUUAUUACAUGUUUAAUAAUUUAUCAUUUAAAUAAUUGUUUUAAAGCUACAAGCAAUCAGUUCACUGAAGAGCUUGGAGAAUAAGGUUCAGUUGGUAUGGAACCCAGAAGAGUCAGGAGCUCCAGGAUCAGGAUUGGUAAACAAUGAUCCAGUACAUUAAUAAUUAAAAUAAAGUACCAUAUUCCUAAACCUGCUGACAGCACUGUCACCUAAUACACAGUAAAAAGUCCCAUUACAAAUGACUAAAGUGACAUAACAGAGAUACACAGUAGUUCUGUAUAUUUGUAUUCUCUGAUGUUUUAAUAGAGAUUACAGAGGCAUUCUGACUCGACAGUCUAUUAUUCUUAACUUUUCUGGAGGUAAUAUUUGAAAAGUUUUAGCCUGCCAGGUAUGUAGGCCUGUAUGUGGGAUUUGUGUUGUUGAAUGUGCUAGAUUAUUUAUAUAUACAGUAUAUGGCUGCAUGUAAUGAUUCUUUGAAAAUUCAUAUGCUUUCCAGGAAAGAUUAUAAGUGGCUUAAACAAGUGUGAUUAAACUGUUUAAACUGAGAAACAGUAUUGGUAUCAGUGUCAGAGCCUUGGGAAGAUAUUGAAGAAAGUGUUGCACCUGAUGAUACAAUUAAGGUACGCUCGACAAACACAUCGGAUGUUCCUUACAACUGUUACAGAAAGAAAACCAGUACAAUAAACUUCUAGAAUAAAAAAAGCCUUUUUUUUAAAUAAUUUUAAUCGAGCACCAAUAUACAGUAAAUUUUCGUGCCCAGUGGGCUGAAGUUCUUAUUGUCCUAAUCUAGUGCAAAAUAUGGAACAAUCAGAGUGUUAAAGGACAAUCAUAUACUUUAUUUCAUUCAAUUAAACAACAUAAACAGUUACCUAUAUAGUUUCCAUUUGAAUGUUAGAACUUAAUUAAACCCUUUUCAUUUAAUAGAUCAUGUUACCCUACUAAAAACUUUGACAGGUUUGCAUAUAAUGGUUAUAUGAUUAACAUAUUUAACAUCAAGCAUUAAUCUCGCAGACCAUGCAUUUGUGAGAAUAAGUCAUGUUAUGUAAUGUAGACUCUGUGUUGCAUAUAUACUGUAAUUCCAUCUCAAUCCUUCUUGUUCAAAGUGUGUUAAAAGCACAGCACAAAACAGCAAUUUCAAUUCAAUUUGAUGAAUUUAAAAGGACAAAAAUAAAACUAAAGUAACUGUGAAAUGCAUCCCUACUACUGUUCACAUUUUAUAACGCAAGAAGUGAUGAACAGAUGGACUAUGUGCAGUCCAGUGAUUUCCAAAGUUUCUUUUUAAAUCUAAAGGCCAGGAAAUGACAGUGUUGUUUGUCUUGGAGAAUUGCAUUCUUUCAAAAUAAGGAAGGAGGGCUAAAUAAAUGUCAGAGCUUUCAAAUGUAAAAAUGAGGGGGUGUACUGAACAUUAAUGUUAAUUACAUUUGUCACUGUGGUUCUUGUAACUGUUUUGUAGAAUAAAAGUAGUGAAGAGCC